AUGUCUCGGGCUACACGAAGUAGUACGGCCGUACUCUCUGCAGAAGACCGGCAGGAGAUUAUCCGGGAAGUUGUUCAAGCGGUUUUGGAGGCAUCCUCUGCAAAUGGGUCAGGAAACUCGUCCUCCUCGCCACCUUAUUCUUCACAGCCUGCACUGCCAACUUCUUCCACCUCCGCAGUGGUUUCUGCUACGCAGGACGCUACAGGUUGCAAAGAACCACUUGGUUUGGAGGAUGAGAGGAUUAAAGACAGUCAAAUUACAGCCUCGUCAGCUUUUAAUAAUGAUUUCUCGACGUACGGUGGCCAUCAGGCCAGAUUGAAUAAGAAGACCUAUCCACCGGGAUACAGAAGUGAUGAAAACAGCCUGCCAUGGUUGAAGGUGGAAUUCAACAAGCCAAUGGUCGUUACAAGCAUAGCUACUCAAGGUUAUGGGGAUGAUUCGGUAGCAGAAUGGAUGACAGAAUUCUUUCUUUUCUAUGCAGACAAUUAUGGACAGGAAUUUAAAGCAUUCAGUAGUUCGAAUAAUAAUAAUUUUGUAGCAAACAAGGACAGGCACAGUGUGAAACUGAACUAUUUAUCUUUUCCUGUGGUAACCAAGUCAAUACUGCUCCAAUCAAAAGAGUUCCACAGGAAUGUGGCAUUUCGCAUGGAACUUUAUGGUUGUAAGCCCGGAUAUUACUUUGCUGUCUGGAUAAUGGUUCGCAACGAAACAUUUCGACAUCAAUACAUGUACUCCUAUACAGAAGUGCACAAAACCAUGAAAGAAAAAGUAGUUAACAAGGUCAGUCAUCAGCUUGAGAAGGUGUCAGGGUACAUAUCUACGAGAUUGCUUCGAUUUAGCCCUAAGCCGUACAAAAUGGUAUCUCCUUACCUUGUGGCAGAACUUGAAAUCUACUGUUUAGAGAGAGAUCAAGAAAAAAUGUUAUACGAAAUCCAGAAGUUGAUAAAACAAGACAAAUUCUUCGAGACUUCGUAUUUGAUUACUAAUUACCCACUGGACAAAAAUUGCCUUCCGCCCCUUAUUGACAUAGGACUGCCCAAGAAUCCUUUUGAAGCCGAAGAACCGACUCCUGGUGUCCUUGCAAUUAAAAUGAAAACUACUAACAGAUGCAAUGAAAAGGAUCAGGCUACACUUUUAGGUUGUAUUGGUACUGGUAUUGGUGAAAAUGAAGGACUCUUCAAAUAUUUUUUCGUCAUUUAUGAUAGACUAAAAAGAAACAGGGAUCGGUCGAUCAAUAGAAGAUAUUUUGAAAUAGGAGGCAAAUCCAAGCUCGCUUAUAUUAUGUGUUUCGCAAUACUUGAGGUGAAUAAAACAUUUUAUGGAGAAAAUUAUGAAUAUGGAUUUGUUCAGCUGAAUAAAAAUAAAAUUGUUGCAAGAAUCAAGGGACAGGACUUUGUAAUCAGAGGAAUGAAGGCUUUGCUAUUUGAUGCUUAUGACUCCUAUCACACAUUGCUGCCCUGGAAUCGGCACCAUGAACUGAACUUUUCAUGGACGCUCAUACCGAGCAAAGAACAUGGUGAAGUCAAUUCUAGCAUUCUUCCUGCAAUGUUUGGUGAUGGUGUAAAGGUUGCAUUUAACGUCAAUGAUCUUGAUGCUAAUGCUACUACGUACAAUAUAACAUUGGUUGUGAGUGAUGGAAAGAAAACAGGUACCACUAAAAAACAAGUGCAGGUUUUUGACAAACCUAAGGUGUAUAUAAGAUGCAUGAGAAAUUGCGGCCCACGUCACAAUGGCAACACUUCGCGUGUUUUUCAAAUGUUUUGUGAAGGAAGAGCUUGUAGUAAAAGUCAAUUCUCUGAAUGGCAGCUGCGUUACAACAAUCAGUCUGUUUCUAGUGUUUGUGAUGGUCAGUCAGUUUAUCAACGAAGCAACUUAACUCUGGAAUUCUUUGGUUUCACUUGUCCUGGAAUAGGGACACUGGGCAUUACCGGCAUUAUGCAUCUCAGUAACAACUACACUACAUUACCAAUUGUAGCAAGCUUUUAUCUAAUGAUCGCUAACACUACAAGAACUUGUUCUGUUACUCCAAAAAGUGGURAAGUACUUGAAACUAACUUCAAUAUCAGCUGUGUUGGUUGGGCUGACGGAGGUCUGUUUCCAAAUUAUAACUUAUUCCUGACGACCAACGCAGGGCCCAUUGACUUGCUACUCAAUGAAUCGGCUUCUGUUAUGCUUACAGUACUUCCAACAGGAGAUCCCAAAAGAGACUACAAACUAAAUCUGAAUGUAAAUGUUAGCUAUCAAAAUGGCGAAGAAGAAUGUGUCCCAUUGGAUGUAAAGGUCUCUCCAAUGAACCCUACUGCUGUUUUUGAUAUGUUCAAACCUGGAAGUAACUUUACAUCCAUGUUUUUGAAUUUGGUGAAAAAKGGGGAGGUCAACAAAGCUUCUAUCAUUGCAAUUGCUGCUCUUUCUGCCUUUAAAGAUCCUCUAAACGAGUCUAGCGUGAAAACAGAUGUGCUGAGGAAGUAUAAAAAUGUCUCGAUCAAUCGUGUUGAUGAAGUUAGCAAGCUUCUGUACGUAAUUGCAUUAUGCUCUGAACAAAACUAUGCAGCUUCUGAAAAUGGCUACGAUCUUCAGGAGAAUCAGGCCGAAAAAAUUAUUAAAAAAGCAAUGAAGAUAACCAAGGAAGUAGCCCAGUAUAUGUCGGAUGUGUUGGGACCAGGAGAACAAUCAACAAUAGAUGCCCCUUACAUGGCCAUGCUCAUUCUAAAAGGUGACAGGAUAACAUUCAGUAGCCAAACUAUUCAUUUUCACAAUUCUAUUGUACGACUUCCGUCACAUAAGGUGAUGUUUGCUGGCCAUACGAUAAAGAAUUACGACUUGCUUGAUUUAAAGAUCAUAUUAUGGAGAGUAAAUCCCCUUACAUGGCACUAUUCAAGUAACAGCAUUAAAUCUGCAGUUGUUGACGUCACCUUAUCUUUAAGUAAAAUAAUAAGCAUUACGCAUGCGCAACAUCCCAAUAGUAACAUGAAUAACAGUAGUUUGAACAGUGAAGUCGAUCCUACUAAAUACAAACCAAAUCACAAAAAAUGUAACAAUACUGUCUACGAUCAAAUGAACAAGACGAACAACAUCAAGGAAAAUAGGACACGAGAAGAAUUUAAAAUUUUAAAUCUAACCGUCCCAGUAGAACUCUUUAUUCCAAAGUAUGGUGACGAGUUACAGAACCUAACAGGGAAUGAGUUUGGAAGUGAGGUGUUUUUCGUUAAACCAAGCACAGAAGACAAAGACUUUCUAACAUAUCACCAAAUAAAGAUGACGUCACCUUAUGUUAGCAUCAAUGUGAAUGUUAARCCUGCAAGAAGCGUCCAGUUUGAUCUGUAUAUCAGAUACAACGAGAAACCUACCUCGAAAGAUUAUAACUUUAAAAGGCAAAUUCCAGAGUACAGUUCCUGUUCUUACGACUUAAAUCUGAAGAAGUACACCAACUGCUCUUUGGACCCCUAUACAUUUUCUUUUUCGGCCAAAGAUUCAGGGCACACAGGUUUGCAUUAUCUUGGAAUCCGCUACCUUCCUUCCUUCUACAACAGAACUAGAAACCAAACAAUACUAACAGAUGUAACGGAACAUCCUGUGAUUCGAGUUGGAAGGUCUAUUCAAGAGCCCUGUAUUGUGGGUGGGAAAAGGCAAAAACGGUCCUGUGCAGAGUACAAGAAACCACCACCACCCAGGCCAGUACCAACUUACAAAAAAGACGUUGAGCCAGAGUUUGAUAAUCUGACUGACAUAAACUACACACUACGCAUAACGUCUGGGACUUGUAUGUUUUGGGAUGUUGAAAAUCAGCAGUGGUCAACAAAGGGCUGCAAACUUGGCUCCAAUUUCACAAGUAAUGGCGUCCAUUGCCUCUGCGAUCAUCUGACGGCAUUUGGAGGASACUUCUUCGUGGCACCCAAUCCCAUUGACUUCUCCCGAGUCUUCAAAGCUUUUCAAUCCCUUGACGAUAGUGAAAACAUUGCUAUAUUAAUAACAGUUUGCGUGCUGUUGGUGCUAUUUCUUACUGGAUUACUUAUCACUAGAAGACAUGACAAGAUUGACGAAAGAAAGAACGUCAACCGAACAAUUGAAAUGCAAGGCAUUGCAAACGAAGCUCCGCACAGUUACAAGAUUCAGAUUGAAACAGGAAUUUGGAGAGGAAGCGGCACAACAGCAUAUGUUGGAAUAGUCAUUUAUGGUGAAAAUGGAUGUACGGCACCCAUCUGCAUCACUACCAGCAGCGAUGAUGAAGCAAUACUGUUCGCGAGAGGGAGCAUAAAUACCUUUAAUCUGCUUCUGGAUAAGUCAUUGGGUACCUUGAUAAAAAUAAAAAUCUGGCAUGAUAAUACUGGGACAAGUCCGAGCUGGUACGCACACCAAGUCAUGAUUACCGACAAUGAAACUACUAAAAAAGAGCACUUUUUUAUCAACAGAUGGCUCGCAGUUAACAAAAGAGAUGGACGUAUAGUCACGGAAACCAAGGCCUUCAAUAAAAGCGAUGGGAACAGUUUUCGAGACUUUUUCGCAUUGCGUACAGCGAGAGGGUUUGCAAAUGAUCAUCUGUGGGUGUCGAUUUUUACACGUCCACCUCACAACCCUUUUACAAGGUCUCAGCGCCUUGCUUGCUGUAUGUCAAUCCUAUUUGCUACUAUGAUAACAAAUGCUAUGUUCUAUCAAUUGGGUUCCAAAACCGGUGGUGAUAAUUUCAAUAUUGGCCCAAUACAGAUGAACCUUUAUGCCAUAAAAAUUGGAGUACAAAGUGCUUUAAUAGCGAUACCGAUAAAUGUAAUAAUCGUGAUGCUAUUCAAAAAAGCCAGCAACAUGAUCAAUGAAGAUGAAAUAGAAACAAAGAAGCGCUUCCACUUAAGCAAGCUCAUGGUGUCACUAGCUUGGGUUUUAUGUUGUAGUGUCAUAUUGGUCUCAGCUGCUUUUGUAGUAUUUUACAGCAUGCAAUGGGGAAAAGAGACAUCCAACAACUGGUUAACUUCUGUGGUAGUGUCAUCAAUCCAAGACAUAUUUAUCACUAGUCCAAUCAAAGUAGUCUGCAUUGCAAUUACGUUAUCUGCUAUUUUGACAAAGCCUCCAAAAGAAGAUGACAUUCGCUAUCGAAAAAAAGCCUCCAAAGUAGUGAACCCUAAUACAAUAGAGCAGCCUAAAGACGAAGAGUUAGAAAAGGCAAGACUAUAUGAUCAGCAAACGGAAGAAAUGUUUACAGUUAUACGUAAAUUAUUUCGCCUUAUUGUACUAUUUAUCCUCUUCAUGAUUGUAUGUUACGGAAAUAGAGAUCAAUCAAGAUUCCUGUUCACAAAAUCUGUAAAAGACGUGUUUCAUGGAUUUGAUGAGGUCUAUCAUCAUAAACAGUUUUGGGAUUGGACCCGCGUUGUGCUUGUUCCUGGACUGUUUGGUACACAGUGGUACAACAACCAGCCUUUUAACUAUGAGGAAGGUUUCAUCAGCAAUCGAGAGGCGUUUCUUGUGGGAAUGCCAAGGCUACGACAACUUAGGGUUAAACCAGUUGAAAAGUGUUCAGCAUAUAAGCAGUAUCCUGGUAUCGCUAAAAUCUUCAAUCGUUGCCUACCUUCCUAUUCCUUUACGCACGAAGAUCGAGGUCCAUAUUACAUGCAAGGCUGGAAAACGAUUUCAAAUAUUAGUUCAUACAAAACAAAAUCAGACCUGGAUGCAAUCUGUCCCGAGCACUGGCGAUACCACAGUGAUGAUUCACAGAAGGCAUUUCAUAUGAUUGAAAAUUCGUAUGUCAACGGUGGAUAUAUCGCUGAACUUGGAUACAAUUCUAGCUUUGCUUUGAAAACCAUUCAGAACUUAAUGGAUCAUAAAUGGUUGGAUGACCUAACUUCGGCAGUUUUCGUUGAGUUUACUGUUUUUGAGCCUGCAAGUGGUCUGCUAUGCGUCGCAAAAUACGUUUACGAAAAGUACCUUCAUGGUAAAGCUUCAACAGCAAUGUACAUCAAAACUUUGGUAAUUUACCCACCAUCUGACUCGAAAUCAAAGGUCCUAAUGUAUAUAUCUAAAAUUGCACUUUUGAUUUACAUAACCAUUCUUAUCAUUUUUGAAAUACAACGACUAUACUUGCAGCGAUGGCGAUACUUCAAAAGUAUCUGGAAUUGGUUCGAAAUGCUCUUGUUAAUAUUGUGCGUCAUGGCGAUGAUCAUGACAUCAUUCGUUCAAUACUAUGCAAGUAAUUUUGUCCAAGAUGUUAGUAAGAACCCUUACAAGACAUGGGCAACCGACGGCCUUGUAUUCUAUUCUGAUUUGGAGAUCUAUCUUUUUGGUUUUAUUCUAUUUAUUCUGACAAUCAAGUCUUUGAAAAUAGUUUCCUUCAAUCGUCCRGUUUUGGUCAUGCUCAUGUCUCUGAAGAGAGCCUCAAAGCCACUAACAUCUUUCAGCAUGGUAUUUUUUACAGCAAUUGGGGCCUUUGCGAUGCUUGCACAUGUGGCUUUUGGCAAGAGCAUGUUGGCUUAUUCAUCGUUGCAGAACGCCUUUUUCGAAAUACUACAGGCUGGGUCUCUUGGAGGUGAUCUUGGCUUCAAGAAACUUUAUGAAAUCAGUCCAAUUCUUGGACCACUCUACAUUUUCUUCCUGAGAUUCAUUAUAACCAUCGUUCUUGUAAAUAUCUUUAUAGCUAUACUUAACUUUUCAUACGCCCUUUCCAGUGCAGAAAUGAGGGCUAACAUGACCUUCAAGAAUCUCGUUAUCUUAAAUUUUGCCAAGACAUACUUCAAAUCAUUGCUUCUAAAGGACAUCAAGAAGUUUUCGUUGAAUCUGUGGAAAGCGAUUCUGCAGAAGCUGUUAGCAAUUAAUAUCGGAAGAAACCCAUCCUGGAAUAUAUCUAAAAUGCCAAAGCGUCGAAAGAGAUUCAAGACUGAAGAAAGUUCUGAAUUCAGUUGCGAGAGGUGCGUCUCAUCGGAUGGCGAGAGUAAAGUUCCCAUUGAAUCGAUAUAUUGUGAAAAGCACGAUCAAGUUAAAACAAGAAGAAAAGGGUUCUCUCACAUUGAGGGAAAAAGUAAAUGCUUUUCCAAAUGCAUUACAGGGUUUUGCGAAGAGAGAAAGUCUGACCAUGAGGAAGGCAUUCUGGAAGAAGAACUUGUGUCAUCGCAUCCACAUGAUGCGAAAUACUUCAAGGGAGAAAAUCCUAUAUGCAAACAUCUUUCAAGUGAAGGUUCCAUCUUAUCAUACAAUCGAGCUGAUAUGCCAGGAGCAAGCAGAGAAGAUGAAAUAGGAGAAGGAAGUUUGUCAUCUCACAGCGAUUCUAUCUAUGACAGCUACGACGACAUUGAGUUUAUAGAUGAUGAUUACGUCAUAGCAGACAUGAAGAAGAGCUUCUCUGAAAUACGGUCAUCUAUCGCAGAAUCAUUCCAAUCUUUAUCAAGCAGCAAACCUUCCAGACCCCAUUCAAUGCACCUACCUCAAAGUAAAAAAACACAAAGUGCCUCACCUAGUUCACCUUCCGGUAGUUUGCUCUAUUCUACAAGUCCAUCGCGAUCGGAGAUGAGUUUACCUCGAAGUCGCAGAUCAAUUGAAACCCAGAGUCUUGAAGAAGCCGACUCUGAAUGGUCUUUUUCAUCUGGCUAUUACAGAUUUGAAGGGGCAGGUGAUUACAAGCGCCAAUAAGCGAAAGGAUAAAGCUCUGCAUAUAUCUUCUUUUUUUUAGUUUUUGGCUUGAGCUAUUGAUAUCGGCCAAUUUCCGAGACUUUGUUAUAAAUAUGCUGCAUCUAUACUUAUCUACUAACGUGCUCAAACUAAAAACAAGCUAAUAAACCAAUGCGUGAUUAAUAACGUGAUUUUGGAAAACGAGCUAAUAUUAUACCAGGACUAGAAAUGUCAUAUAAAAACUAAUGAAUUGCGGAUUUAUCUAAAACUUCAGACUGAGCCGGAGUGGGAGCAGCUGGAAGAGAACCUGAAAACCUCAAAAAUGAUCAUUUAAAAGCAACAAUAAUGAAUGCCACCUCCCUUACUGACCUCGUUUCUGUAGGGCAGAGGCGAGGUAAAUGCUAAAAUAUAACUAGUUUAGAAAAGACGUUACAGCAAAAACGUGCGAUCGAGUACCUUCUCCCCCUAGGUUGCUUCCUCCGACGUCAUUCGCAGUCUUUGAAUUUCACGUUCUGACGCGGGUGCAGGUUUCGUGACGAUGGGCGCAUGAAAACAUACUCCCGCCGUCUUCUUUGCUAAUCUUUUUAAUACUAAAUCAAGUAUAGGAGACGACUUCUGGAAAUGGUGUACCCAAACAAUCCUCACGCAACACGUUACAUAUUUAAAGGGAGACUAGUACCAAAAUCGUCCUCUGGUUAAAGGUUUUACUUGAUAUUCGUAUGGAAAUUAUUAUAUUUCUGCGAAUCUUUCAAGGAGAGCGUCAUCUACUCAACACUUAACUGUGUUCUAUUUACAUUUAUUUGUAUUUUGUAAUGAAAA